AGCCUCAAGCACAUGGACCUGGUAUUGGGGGGGGGGGGGGAGAUGUCCUAUGGGGCGCUAUGGGGUGAGGAGAUGCCCUAUGGGGUGAAGGAAGAAUCCUAUGGGGCGGUAUGGGGGUGAGGAGAUGCCUUAUGGGGCGGUAUGGGGUGAGGAGAUGUCCUAUGGGGCGCUAUGGGGUGAGGAAAUGCCGUAUAAGGUGAAGGAAGAACCCUAUGGGGUGGUAGGUGGGUGAGGAGGUGCCCUAUGGGGCGGUAUGGGGGUGAGGAGAUGCACUAUGGGGCGCUAUGGGGUGGAGGAAGAACCCUAUGGGGUGGUAUGGGGGUGAGGAGAUGUCCUAUGGGGUGAAGGAAGAACCCUAUGGGGUGGUAGGUGGGUGAGGAGAUGCCCUAUGGGGUGGUGGGGGGGUGUUUAUGGGGUCUGGGUUGGGUUUGGGGACAUCUGGGUCAUCCCAUCGUCAUUAGGAUUGUCCUUAAAGUGUUUAUAGGGUCUGGGUUGUCUUUUGGGACAUCUGGGUUCAUCCCAUGCCUUAUGGGGUGAUCCUAGUGGUGUUUAUGGGGUCAGGGUUGGGUUUGAGGUCUUUUGGGGUCGAUGGAAGCAUCAGAAGAACUUUAGGAAGGCCUGUAUGGGAUUUUGGCCAUCCUUUGGGGCCACCCCACACCCUCCAGGCCGACCCUGGUGGUAUUUAUGGGGUCAGGGUUGGGUCUGGGGACACCUGGGGUCAUCCUAUGCCCUAUGGGGUGGUCCUGGGGGUGUUUAUGGGGUCAGGGUUGGGUUUGGGGACACCUGGGGUCAUCCCAUGCCCUAUGGGAUGGUCCUGGGGGUGUUUAUGGGGUCAGGGUUGGGUUUGGGGACACCUGGGGUUAUCCCAUGCCCUAUGGGAUGGUCCUGGUGGUAUUUAUGGGGUCAGGGUUGGGUUUGGGGACACCUGGGGUCAUCCCAGGCCGUAUGGGGUGAUCCUGGGGGUGUUUAUGGGGUCAGGGUUGGGUUUGUGGUCUUUUGGGAUCAAUGGAAGGAUCAGAACCUUUGGGAGGUCUGUAUGGGAUUUUGGCCAUCCUUUGGGACACGUGAGGCCACCCCACACCCUCCAGGCCGACCCUGGUGGUAUUUAUGGGGUCUGGGUUGGGUUUGGGGACGUCUGGGGUCAUCUCAUGCCCUGUGGGGUAGUCCUGGGGGUGUUUAUGGGGUCAGGGUUGGGUUUGGGGACACCUGGGGUCAUCCCAUGCCCUAUGGGGUGGUCCUGGGGGUGUUUAUGGGGUCAGGGUUGGGUUUGGGGAUACCUGGGGUCAUCCCAUGCCCUAUGGGGAGAUCCUGGUGGUAUUUAUGGGGUCAGGGUUGGGUUUGUGGUCUUUUGGGAUCGAUGGAAGGAUCAGAACUUUAGGAAGGCCUGCAUGGGAUUUUGGCCAUCCUUUGGCACAUCUGGGGCCAUGUGGGGCCACCCCACACCCUCCAGGCCGACCCUGGUGGUAUUUAUGGGGUCAGGGUUGGGUUUGGUGACACCUGGGGUCAUCCCAUGCCCUAUGGGAUGGUCCUGGGGGUGUUUAUGGGGUCAGGGUUGGGUUUGGGGACACCUGGGGUCAUCCCAUGCCCUAUGGGGUGGUCCUGGGGGUGUUUAUGGGGUCAGGGUUGGAAGCUCUUAGGAAGGUCUGUAUGGGAUUUUGGCCAUCCUUUGGGACACGUGAGGCCACCCCACACCCUCCAGGCCGACCCUGGUGGUAUUUAUGGGAUCUGGGUUGGGUUUGGGGACACUUGGGGUCAUCUCAUGCCCUGUGGGGGUAGUCCUGGGGGUGUUUAUGGGGUCAGGGUUGGGUUUGGGGACACCUGGGGUCAUCCCAUGCCCUAUGGGAUGGUCCUGGGGGUGUUUAUGGGGUCUGGGUUGGGUUUGGGGACACCUGGGGUCAUCCCAUGCCUUAUGGGGUGAUCCUGGGGGUGUUUAUGGGGUCAGGGUUGGGUUUCUGGUCUUUUGGGAUCGAUGGAAGGAUCAGAACUUUUGGGAGGUCUGUAUGGGAUCUUGGCCAUCCUUUGGGGCCACCCCACACCCUCCAGGCCAACGCUGGUGGUAUUUAUGGGGUCUGGGUUGGGUUUGGGGAUACCUGGGGUCAUCCCAUGCCCUAUGGGGUGAUCCUGGGGGUGUUUAUGGGGUCAGGGUUGGGUCUGGGGACAUCUCAGUCUUCUCAUGCCUUAUGGGGUGAUCCUGGGUGUGUUUAUGGGGUCAGGGUUGGGUUUGGGGACACCUGGGGUCAUCCCAUUCUCUAUAGGAUUGUCCUGGUGGUAUUUAUGGGGUCAGGGUUGGGUUUGUGGUCUUUUGGGAUCGAUGGAAGGAUCAGAACUUUAGGAAGGCCUGUAUGGGAUUUUGGCCAUCCUUUGGCACAUCUGGGGCCAUGUGGGGCCACCCCACACCCUCCAGGCCGACCCUGGUGGUAUUUAUGGGGUCAGGGUUGGGUUUGGGGACACCUGGGGUCAUCCUAUGCCCUAUGGGAUGGUCCUGGGGGUGUUUAUGGGGUCAGGGUUGGGUUUGAGGUCUUUUGGGGUCUAUGGAAGCAUCAGAAGAA